AUGGGCGGCGCGUACCUCUGCUUCGUGGUGCUGGGAGCGGGCGUCCUGGCACCGUGGAACGCGUUCAUAACGGCUGUCGACUACUUCGCCAAGGUGUACCCGGGGGAGCACAUGGAUCGCAAGGUGACAGUGUGCUACAUUCCAGCGCUGGUAUUGACGAUGCUGCUUACGAUUCGAUUCCACAACUUGCUGUCCAGCCGGUUUCGGAUGCUUGUCGGAUUUGGAGGUUUCAGCAUCCUGCUAUUUGCAGUGCCAGUGGUCGACGCCCUCUUUGUGAGAGAUUCAGCAGCCCCCCCCGUUGCCCAGUACUUGACCUUAGCAGCAGUGUUUGGGACGGGAAUCCUGGAUGGGGUGGCUCAGGGAGCCGUCCUUGGUGAUGCAUCAUAUUUACCAGGGAGAUAUCAACAGGCGUUCUCAAGUGGAACGGCUGCCUCGGGUGUGCUUGUGUCCCUUCUGCGAGUUUUUACAAAAUUCGGUUUUGGCGACAGCUGGGUCGGCCUCAGACGAAGCACAAUGCUCUACUUUAUUACUGCCCUGGCUGUGACUUCCCUCUGCUUCUUCCUGGCAGCUUAUGUUGUGCCCAGACUCCCAACAGUGGUGUACUACCGUGACCUGGCAAGGGCCUUUGAGACUGGCUCAGGCGUCCUGCCAAUGGAACUUGAUGUAGGAGGUGAUCUGGUUGUUGCUAAUGAUGGCACAGAGGAUGGGAACUUGGCUCUGGUGCCAGGUAGCCAGAAGAAGGCCGACUACCUGCACGUUACUUACAAAUUGAGGCACGUCAUCAUUGGUCUCGUAAUGAUCUACACAGUGACACUUACUAUAUUCCCUGGCGUGGUGGCGGAGGAUGUUCAUUCUGGCCAACUGGGAGAUUGGUACAACGUCCUGCUGGUCUUGGUCUACAAUUGUGGCGACUUGGGUGGAAAGUCGCUCCCAGCUGUGACAGGCAUCAUCAGGAACCGGCUGCGGCUCAUGGCAUGGUGUGCAGCCCGGUUUGUCUUCCUGCCAAUCUUCUAUGUUGCUGUCAUGAUCUGGCCAGAUGGGCACCCUGGCAUCAUGGCCCUCUUGGUGCUUGUGCUUGGGCUGUCGAAUGGCUUUGUCACCUCGAACGCCUUCAUGGUGGCUCCACGAGGUUUGCAGGGUCAGGAGGUCGAUUUGUCAGGAAGUCUGUUAGUCUUUGCCUUGGCGAUCGGCCUCCUGAUUGGAGCUGGGGGGGGCUGGCUUUGGUUGCUUGCGGAACGUUAG